AUGACCACAAUUGUCGCCGAGGGCCAAGGAUAUAUGUACUGCAUGACCGGGACCGAAGAAAAGCCACGCAUCACCGAGUUCUCAAUCGGUUGGUCGUCCAGCUCAAGAGGCGAGGACCUCAUCACCAAGCCUUUCGACACCAAGCCACCCCUGGUUGCCAGCAACCUCGCAGCCGUCUACGAUCCAGCCGCCAAGAAAGAAGCUCAUCGUCUACCAAAACGAAGACAACCUCCGCAUCGUCGAGUCGACCAGCGAAAAUGGUAA